AUGAACACCUGGAAACACAUAAACGAGCCUGACUUUAUCCUGAUGGGACUGACAGAUUCCAAGAAGAUCCAACUGGUCCUCUCUGUGCUGUUUCUCCUGAUAUACCUGGUUACUGUGCUGGGGAACACAGGGAUGAUUCUCAUCAGGGUUCAUCUAGAUGCAAAGCUUCACACCCUAAUGUAUUUCUUUCUCACUCACCUGUCAUUCCUUGACCUCAGUUACUGUACUGUCAUCACACCUAAAACCUUAGAGAACUUGCUGACUUCCAGCAAGAGAAUUUCAUUUGUGGGCUGCUUCAUCCAGUUGUACUUUUUUGUCCUGUUUGCUGCUGCUGAAUGUUUCCUUCUGGCAUCAGUGGCCUAUGACUGCUAUGUGGCUAUCUGCAACCCUCUACAAUACUCAGUUAUGUCCACAAGACUCGGUCGUAUGCUUCUCACUGGGUCCUAUAUGAUGGGAGCUAUAGAUUCCUCUGUUAAUAUGUUGUGUCUGAGCAGAGGUCAAAUUAUUCCUUUCUGCAGAGGAUACGAUACUGACUAA